UCACUUCGCGAUGAACAAGGAAAUGGACUGUCCUUUACGCAAACUUGGACAGACUCUCGCUUCCACUCUAACUGUAAAAUAUUGAGGGAUUGCACCCUUGUACAGAGGAAAAGUGAACCCUUCAUACGAGGGAAAGCAUGGGCUAGUCGUUCUCGCUGUUCACGCGUAAUUGUUGACUCUUUUUUUUACACCGCUCAAGAUUGAUUCAGCAAGAUCAUGUUACCAAACAUACUCGACCUUGUUUGAACCCAGCUUUCAUUUUCUCGCCUGAAGAUUUCAAGAGGAUGGGCUCGCUUCAAAGAGAUGCACCUACGUAAGAACAAACCCCCGAAGUGGAACAUCCAUCAAGCAAGAGGAACUGAAAUUAAAUCAAAUAUUCUAAAGUUCUAUUGGGGGUGGUACAAUGAAACCAUCUCGGGACUUUCACAAGAAAGAUUGGCAGUUGAACGUUUGGUCUACAAUUGCAGCUGCUCCAAUUGAGAAGUGAGAGGGCAUACCAGGAUUUGGUCCAUCAUGUUCUUUUACCCUUCCUAUUUGCUGUGCCUUUGCCUGGGAAUUUUAUGUGUGGUGUUUGUGUCCUACUGGAACGCUGUAUGGCGUGGCGGCUUUGCAUGGGAUGGUUCGGGUAAACAGUUCAACUGGCACCCUGUUCUUAUGGUGACUGGUUUGGUGGUGCUGUAUGGUAAUGCGGCGGUCGUGUAUCGUGUGCCUCUAACAUGGGGACAGAAUAAGACACCAUGGAAGCUGCUUCAUGCUGGGAUUCUUCUCCUAGCAUUGAUUCUGUCCAUUGUGGGACUUUGUGCUGUGUUUGGUAAUCACAAUGCCCAACACAUCCCCAAUGUGUAUUCGCUGCAUAGCUGGAUUGGCAUUUGCACCGUGGCUCUCUUUGCCUCUCAGUGGGUGGGUGGAUUUGCUGCCUUCCUACUGCCAUGUUCUCCAGUGGAGUUUCGCAAACUGAUCAAACCUACUCAUGUCUGGAUGGGAGGAAUCAUCCUAGUUCUGAGCAUAAUUUCCUGCAUAUCUGGUAUCAAUGAAAAAUUAUUCUUUGCUCUUAAAGGAAAUGGGAAUGGAUCACAGCCUUACAAGGACUUGCCACCAGAGGCCCUCUUUGCUAACUUUCUCGGAGUUCUGAUUGUGGCAUUUGGAUUAGUUGUGUUGUACAUCCUGUCCAACCAGAAGUGGCAACGACCAGAGCCUACCCAUGAUGGAGAAGGCUAUAGGCCAUUGCAGUGUGAUGUUGAAAGUUGAUGGCCACAAAACCACAGUUACCACAGCAACGUAAAGAAAGAAUGAAGAACUUCACCUGCUUGGUGAAAUAAACAUACAUGCUGGCCAGUACAUAUAAUAUGUUGAAUUAAUUUAUUUUAUUCAUGAUUACAUGAUUGAAAUCUUUAAUAAAUGCUUUGCUUGUAUAAAUCUG